AUGAAUGACUAUGAGGCUGAACGGCUUGCCAAUAUUGCCAAGAACGAAGCACUCUUGAAAGAAAUCGGCUUGACUGGCAUCAAGGCACCUUCUGUCGCCUCUUCCAACGGCAGCCUGAAACGGAAGAAGGCGCCUGCUAGACCUCGAAAAAAGGAAGAAGACGUGUCGCUUGCACCAAGACGCACUAGUUCGCGGCUUUCUGGCAUUCCAGCAGAAUCAGAAGUUGCUCGAAACGCGUAUGAAAAGGCAGAGGAGGAUAGACGCGAGGCGGAACGCUUGAAGCGCGUCAGAGUCGCUGGCCCUAUUGCUUUAGAGCAUGUCAUUGAGAAUGGCGGUACAUGGCAAGCAGCCAAAUCAAUCUUGGCACAAGCGGCCAUUGAUAGCAAGCGAGAGGCGAGAGACUUUGAGACGUCAGAUGCGAAUCUCAAUGCACUUCGAAAGGAGCUCAAUGGACUUUCGCUCUUGACGCGCUGGGACCCAAAUGAAAUCAAAAUCACGCCUGAGCGUGUCUAUUCCAUUGGUAUGCACCCUGGCUCCUCCAAAAAGCUCGCGAUAGCAGGCGACAAGCGCGGCCAUCUGGGUAUCUGGGAUAUCGAGAACCAAAUGACUGAAGAAGAAAACGAGGAUGUUAAGCCGAAACGUAAAGCACGGCAAAGUGCCGUCAAGAAGGAGGAAAGCGAUGCAGAGGAAGAAGACGCGGACCUUGCUGACGACGAUGACUUGCCAAUGAUUCACCACUUUAAGCUCCAUGCUGGCACCAUCACCUCUUUUGCAUUUGACCCGCUUCAAGGACAAAAGCUCUACACUGCUUCAUAUGAUGGCUCCAUUCGCUGUCUUGAUUUGGCAUCAGGCGUGGCUUCCGAGGCUUAUGCGCCACUGGAAGACCGUGCACUGACGUCCCUUGAGGUGCAGCAGGAUGCACAAGUCCUCUUGUUUUCUACAAAUGAUGGACAAGUAGGACGUCGCGAUCUACGCGUCAAGGACGCCGAGCUGUUCCAACUUCAUGAUCGCAAGAUUGGCGGCAUGGGUAUGCACCCUUUGCAUCCUCACCUCAUCUGCACAGCUUCGCUUGAUCGGAGCAUGAAAGUCUGGGAUAUGCGUAGCAUCACAAAAGGUCGCAAAACUUCAGGGGAUCCUUCACUCCUCGCCAACUACGAUUGCAGACUGAGUGUCUCCUCUGCCUUUUUCAACGAUAGAGGGACCAUCUUGGCCACUGCGUACGACGAUACUGUCAAACUCUUUGACAUGGCUUCUCUCUCUGAACAAUCCAAACCUCCUGCAGCCUCUGCUGAGCCGCUUGAACUCGACACGACCUGCGAGCUAAAACACAACAAUCAGACUGGACGUUGGUUGACUGUCUUCAAAGCCCAAUGGCAAGCUACACCGCUCGACGGACAAGCCAAGUUUGUGAUUGGCAAUAUGCAGCGUCGCAUUGAUCUAUGCAGUGGCAAGGGCGAGAUGCUGGCCUCUCUCGAAGAUGAACGGAUCACAGCUGUACCUGCAGUUGUCAAGAUGCACGACUCACAGAAUUGGGUGCUUGCAGGAAAUGCUUCCGGCAAAGCCCUCUUCUUUCAAUAG